UCCGCUCCCGCCGCCAUGUCGGGCCCGGCGCCCGCCUGGGUGCCCACCCACGUCCAGGUGACCGUGCUGCGGGCGCGGGGGCUGCGGGCCAAGGCGGCGGCGGGGCCCGGCGGCAGCGACGCCUACACCGUGAUGGCGCUGGGCCGCGAGAAGUUCUGCACGUCGGUGGCGGAGCGGUGCCAGGGCCAGCCGCUCUGGCGGGAGGAGGCCACCUUCGAGCUGCCGCCGCGGCCCGCCGCGCUCCGCCUCACCGUGCUGCACCGCGCCCUCGUCGGCCUCGACAAGUUCCUGGGACGCGCCGAGGUCGACCUGGCGGCUCUGCGGGGCGAGGGCGGCCGGAGGCACAGCAGGUGGUACAAGCUUCGCUCCAAGCCAGGGAAGAAAGAAAAGGAGAGAGGGGAGAUUGAAGUGGAUAUCCAGUUCAUGAGGAGCAACAUGACAGCCAGCAUGUUUGACCUGUCCAUGAAGGACAAACCCCGCUCCCCCUUCGGGAAGCUGAAGGACAAGCUGAAGGGGAAGAGGAGCAGUGCCCUCUCCGACACGGCCUCGGCCGUCAUUCCCAGCACCACCCACUCCCCUGCUGACAGCGAAGAUGAGUCGGUGGAGAAGGAGAAGGAGAAGAAGAAAUCCAAGUUCAAAACACUCUUUUCCAAACCUGGCCUGCAGAAGACCUCCCUCUCCCAGUCCAUGUCAGUCCUGCCCACCCAGCAGCCCCUCACCCAGAGGGUUCGGCUCCGGCCCAGCGACUUCCAGUCGCAAUGGGAUGAGGAGGAGUCCGAGACCUCUCCAGCCUCAGACAAAGCCUUUGGAAGUGCCCUGGAAGAAAAGUCCUCUCCUUCUCCUUUAUUUAAGUCUCGUAAAACAGCAACUUUGGACAGCAGGCAGCUAAACCUAGCAGCUACAAGCCACACCAAGAAAGAAGGCCUCUCUUUAUUCAGUGGCCUUAAAUCCAAAAGUGACCCCGUUUCCAAGUCCAGUCUGUGCAUCAAUGGCACUCAUGUCUAUAUGGAGGAGAGCAUGACAAAGGACAGCACUCCAGCCUCUUCCCCUUCUCCUCACAACUUCCGGAGGAAGCAUCUCUUUGCUUCAGAAGAGAACCUGUCUUCCAGAUCUACUAAAGGACCUGAAGAGACAGGAAGAACAUCUCCUAGUCAGGCUUUCUCUGGGUCUUCAUCCUUGGAGACCUUUAAAUCUAUGACUUUGCCAUCGUACAAACUGCUCAGCAGUGAAGAACACCUGGAAAUCAGCCCUCCUCCAAGUGUUGAGGCUGUGAAGGAGACCAAGAAACCAGACCACAAAAAGCCUGCCUUGCUGUCCCUAGUCACAGGGAAGAAGGAAGCAGGGAAGACCAGCACUGCUGAGAAUAUUUCCAACAGGACCCUGCAGGAUGAGGAGAACAAAGAUCCAGAAGAGAAGAGUGAACAAGAGGCCAAAGGUCUUGAGCUUCCACCAGAUGUAAGCAGAGGGAAUCCCUCAGGAGACAGUCACCCUGCAGAAGAGGUCUUGGCAAACAAGCAGCCACUGAACCCUUUUGAGGAGGAACGGAAACCUGAGAAAGCUGCUGCACCAGCCAAGACCAGAGCAGUGAAACCCAGACUGGGCGUGUCUUCAGAGGAGGAACCCAAAGCCACGCUUCCUACUCUUGCACCUGAUUCCUUCCCUGCUUUUCUUUCUGUGCACCAUAGCAGCAGGGACAAUAAUCCUUUUGUUUCUAAACUGGAAACAGAAACCCAAGUGCCAGACUCAGAAAACAUGACUAGUUCUCCUGCAUCUGCUGCUACUUCUCCUCCUGCUGCAGAGCAUUUGAGUGGCAAGAACCCCUUCAGCCCCACAUGGGGCAGGGCACCCACAGCUCCAGACCCUGCAUCCCAUCAGCUUGCAGCUCCCAAAGUGCCUCUUCCUGGGCAGGCCUCUGCUAGUGCUAAUAAUCCUUUUACCUCUGACUGGGGCCAGGGUGCUGGGAGCUCCGAUCUGUUGUCCUGGGGUCCUUCUCACCCACCUGCACCUUCUCUCUCCUCCCACUGUCAUUUCCAUGUCAAUAAUCCUUUUGUAUCCAAGCUGGGGUGGGAACCAGACACGCCAGCUUUCAAAGCUGCUGAUAGUUCUUCCCCUUGCUGCCUGCCUAGUGAUGGAGAGUGUUCCUCAGCAGAGCACCCUGCUGAGCUGAAGGGCUCUGGUCCCAGUGCUUUAGGGAGCUCCGCAGGUGCAGGUUUAACUGGUAAUGUCAGAGCUGCACCAGGUCCCCCCAGCACCCCUUCUGACAGCCCUGGUCUGGCCCCAAAGCAGCAGAGUGAUUCUCCUCAGCUUCAGGCUGAGACUUCCUUGAAAAGAAGUCAGCUAAGCAACGUGUCCCUUUUCCUUCGUGGAUCAGAGGGUCCUACAUCAGGUGAUGAGGGUUUUGGUGGGCAGGAAUGUGAAGGUCCUCAAGGAGGAUCUGCCAAACCAACCUCAGGAGCUUGGCCACAGUCCCCUGGGGACGCUGAUAUGGGGGGUGCUGACAGUGAGGGGCUGGUCACUCCAAAGCCAGCACCACGGAGAUCUUUGACACCCAAGAAGUGCCCAGUGGUUCCUCAGGCUGGUGAGCUCAGUGGUGAUGUCCCUUCCUCAGGUGAUGGUGUCAAAUCUGCUCCUGGGCUGCCUAAAGCCUCAGAUCCUGGCGGGUGCAUCCCCCCGGGUGGCUCAGUGGAGACUGUCACUCCACCAGUGGCACUCAGGGGUAACAGCAGAAAUAGGCAUCUAAAAAGUGAAGGUGAUGACAACUCAUUUGACUGCCUCUUGGAUCUGAAGUCUGCCCUUCCCAUUCCUGGAGACUGUAGUUCCAAACUGGCCGGUCUUCCCGUUAUUCCAGAGGGAGGCUCAGAUGACGAGCUGCUGGGUGACACUCAGGACAGCUCUGGUGUCACUGAGAGCUUUGGUGUCACCGCAGGUGACAGAACCAUUUCAGAGAGUGGAAAGCAGUCCCCAGAUGUAAAGCCUUUGCAGGAAGAGCUGCGGGAGCACUUGGGUGGCUCUGCUGCAGCCCAAGGGACCCUGGCUGCUCCAGGAGGAGAAGGUGCUGGUGCUGCUCAGCCCAGCAGCGUGCCCGUGCUGCCUGCCAGAGGGGACACUCCCAGGGUCACCAGCCAGGUGGCUGACUCAGGCUCUGCUGUGACGCCUCCUUCCAGGGGGUGUAAUAGUCAGUUUGAGAAAGAAGAACUGAAAAUAAGUGCAGGUGUUGAGGAGCGUGCAGAGUCUGACUUCUCUGAGCCUUCUCUCUCCUCUUCCUCCCUGUCAAGCCCUCCCCAGCCCUGCUCCUCCUCUCCUUCUCUCCCCUCUGACACCCCAAGUCGUAGAGCAGAGUCUCCGAAAAAGCCAACAGCCGAGGGCUCCGCUGAUAAAGCACCAAAUUCGGGCAAGAAGAAGCUUCUUCAGGCAUGGGUUUCACCCUCUGAGACAUACCCUAACCAAACUCAGCAGGGUGGUGAAACCCUGUCUCCUAAGCACAGACUCCAUCCUGUGAAGCCAAUGAAUGCCACAGCAAACACGACCCAGAGCAAAACCCUGAAUGUCAUCAGCACCAUGAAUGAAAAGCUGCUGGAGAUGAACAUGAAGAAAUACAAUCCCUCAGAUCCUGGCUAUGCUUAUGCUCAGCUAACACACGAUGAGCUGAUCCAGCUGGUCUUGAAACAGAAGGACACGAUCACCAAGAGAGACCUCCAGGUGCGUGAGCUUGAGGACUACAUUGACAACCUGCUUGUCAGAGUCAUGGAGGAGACCCCAAACAUCCUGCGUGUUCCAGUCUCUGGAAACAAAAAGGCUGGGAAGAUGUAGAAGCUCUUGGGACACUGGUUGAACAAAGGGCUGAGUUCCUGCUGGUGGAGUUUGGUGAAUUAGGAGACGGUGGGAAGUUGGUGGCACUGGUUGUGCUGCUCACAGAAGGUGACCUCUUUCCUGUUUCUGCCUUGAGCAACUCUCUGAUCAGUCGUGACAUCAGGUCUCCUACAUGGGGUCCAGAAGUGGAGGCAACAUAACAUACUUAUUUUUUCAUUUCUUUCCAUCAUUUGGGAAGAUUUGUUCAGGCAUCUGAUUGUGAUAGGAAGGACAAAGGGUUUUUGAUGUGUUCUGCUCACCAGCAAGGCACUGAUGAUCCUUUAUGAGGGUUUUUUUUAAUGGUUUUGUUUUGUAGCUGCUUUCAUAGAUCAAUGGUUCUUCUUUCCAUUACCUUAAGUUGUAGUGCAAUAUACAAUCUGGUACAGCAGAGCUUAAGGAAUUUAUUGUUUUAAGAGAAAAGUAAUUAAUAACUACACUGGAGAAGUCCAAAGCUGUGUGCUUCAGACCAGGGCUGUGUGGACUGUAAAAGUAAUGAAUUCACUAAAAGUUAAAUGCAAGUUGAACCUUGGAUUGGAAAGGAAGAAGUGACACUCAGUUGGUCUCUCAGAGUACGUGUUGUUUCCCAGCAGUUCUCCAAGGGGAAGGUUUCCAGGAUUGUCUGCUGCAGGAAGCAUGGAGAUGUGGUACAUCUGUCUGCCGUGGGAAUGGCAGAAAGGACUUGGGGCUGAAGGUGCCUUUUGGGUCAGAAGCUGUUCUUUACACACUGCACAUUCCUGCUCCAAAGGUCAUUCCAAGGAGGGAGGCAAAGGCACAUCUGGGUUCUGUCUGUGCUCUAGCACAGGGGUGGGGGUCACAGCACAUGUGUCUGGACCCUGUCUCCUGCUGUCUGGGAGUUCUGAGACCAUUUUUCUCUUACACCAUUGCAGUUUAUUAGAUUUAAAUACCUCGGAGCUGGGACUUACCUUGGAACGACCUGGAUCAGUCUGACAGCUCUUUUUGUUGUGCCUUGUUCAGCCAUGAGAGGAACUGGAUCACCCUCCCUGAGGAGCAGAACUGGAGCUCAGACCUGGGAGGGUUCUCUCAGUGCCUGGCUGCUCAGAAUGGAGGUUUCCAGCAGCUAAGUGCAAGAGCUGGCUUUGCUUCACAAUCCAACCUCCCAGGCUGCCUCCCUGGUGUGGCUGCACUGGGGAUGGUCCCCUUGGACUAUGGAGCAGCCACCAGGACAAGCUGCUUUUGCAGGGAAACCAGACCUGGAUUUUUUUCUGGUGAGCUGUCACAGACCAAAACAAUCUGAUGCCUGUUGGCAGCUCUGGGAUUCAUCAGAGUCCGUGAAGGUUUAGAAGGAAGAGGUAUCUUGAGAUACCAAGAGUGGGUAGCUGAGGACCAAAGCAAGCGCUGCUGCCUGUGGAAGUUGAGAGGGUCUGCUGGGUCUCUCCUGGCUUUGAUCCAAAGGGGCCAGUUUCCAACUCCAUUUUCCUACAGCAAAGCACUUUACUGAGGGCCUAGACCGGCUGGAUUGACUGUCAACCUCAGAAGGCUGCUCACUGAUGUCAUGAAACACUAAAAACUACUGGGGACUCUCAAAUACUGUGGUAUUGUAGGGAAGAAUAGUUUAAUAUAUUCUCCUAGAUCUGUGUACAGUUGUUGGGAAAUUCACAAAGUGCUGUUAGUUCCAUUUUUAAUACUGUAAACUGACCAAAGUCUGGAGCUUUUCUGACAGGAUGUUUCUUCUGGGGAAGCUCGAGCUGGAACAAGCCUUAAGCAUUAAGAGUCUUCUAAGACUUCAGGUACUCUUUUCUCAUUCUGUUUUGAUUUGAAGGGGUUGUUGAUUUUCCUGCUGUGCCCUCUUCUGCAAAGGAAGGGUCCGAGAUGCAGAAGGUCUCAACAGCACCUUCAGCUCUUGGUGGUUUUAAUUUUGAUUGGUACCGGUUGAUCUUACUGAAAAACUGCUGCUGCUUCUUGUGCCUUGAAAGAGUGAGGAAGAUGAAGGAUUGAUUGAUUUCCUCUGUGUGCCUCUGGAUCUCUGGAAAGCAAAAGCUGCUUUCCUGUACCUCAAACCUGUCUUUGUUGUAGGGGGGGCUGGCUUUUUCUGUCCAGCAAGGUGCUUUGCCUUGACCUGAGGAGCCUUAAGAAUCAAAUGUUUUAUUAUUGAAGGAUCUGAAUGUAUUUUUCCCUGUUCAUACUCUGCUUUUAGCCUGCGUACGUGUUUGUUUUUAAAUGCCUUUUGGUUUCGUGGAACACUAAAAUAAAACAUACCUUAAAUCCAA